CGCCACUCCUUUCAGAAGCUUGGGGCCUCCCCGGUCAGAAGGGGUUUGCUCUGUGCAUCUAGGAAGAAUCCCUGUACUUGAUACGCGUGUCCUCUUGUUCACUUCGCUGCACAAUCGUGAAUGCCCUUAUAUGUCCAACAGCGGUAUGGACGCUAGCCAGCCCAUGGGAUUGAAAGAAACACCAAACGGCGUUGACCUUGAAGGCCGCAGUUCCCCGUACUGAAUUCGUUGACAGCGCAGUCUGUCCUGGAGUCUGGAGCCCGCGCCAAAAUAGCAACAUAGAGUCAUUCAGUCCAGCUCUCGCACCACAACAUGGAGGAGGGGCCCAAGUUCAAUACCACGUUCCUGCAGGCUGCAGCGAUAAUGUGGAUGGUGCUUACAGGGAUCACUGUUCAUGGACAACUGAAGAUUGCCUGUGACAGCGAGGGGGAUGAGAGUCCAGCCUGCAUCUGUUGGUCCGAAACUGUGUCAUGCCAAGACGCCGACUUGACAGCUGUGCCUUCUGAUAUCCCACCGGAUACCAUCGUCUUGAAGCUCUCAAGAAACACGAUAUCGUCACUUCCCAAGCUGGUCUUUGGUUACCUUCCUCAACUGUCCACACUAAACUUGCGUUACAACAAAAUGUCCUACAUAGAGGCAGGCGCUUUCGAUGGGUUAGGUGGUAGCCUCCACGAGCUUCGCCUAAGCAUAAACGACCUAGCGAGUUUAGAGGAGGGCGUGUUUAGAAAUCUAACAUCGUUGGAGUAUCUGGAUCUUGUUGACAAUAAGAUAUGUACCUUGAGCUCAGGCAUCUUUCGCGGUUUAACAAGUUUGGACCAUAUUCUGCUGGAUGGGAAUAGGCUUUCAAGUUUGCCCGCCGACGUUUUCUCUGACACAUCCUCCUUGGGAACGGUACAUCUGGCCAGAAACCGUAUAAAGAACCCAGAAAACGUUUUGCCUUCCCUUCCACCAAAUAUAACGUCCCUGGACCUGAGCGGGAACGGUUUGGGGAACUUGGAAACGGCAGCAUUUAUCGGUUUCCCUCGUCUCUCGACUCUCCGUCUGAAAUCAAACAACAUCUCGUUCCUCCCGGAAGACGUUUUUCUUGGUCUUGAAGCUCUGAUCACUCUGUCCUUGGACCACAAUAGUCUUAUUGAGCUUACAGGAAACAUGUUCAGUAAUCAUCCUUCUCUGGCAAUUCUAAGUUUACGCAACAACGAGAUUGUAACAAUCGAGGUUGGGCUUUUCAAUCGAUUCCCAAGGCUAUUGUUCAUCGAUCUGCAGUCUAACAGGUUAGCCUCCAUGCCACCUGGUACGUUUGCUAACCUCUCCGUUCUCAGAGAAAUUGGACUGAACGACAACAAGCUAGAAAGUCUGGAUGAAGAUAUCUUCAAGGACCUUCGUCGCCUCCAGACCAUUCGCCUUGAAGACAACGAGAUCAAACGUCUUCCGUCUGGAAUUUUCAGUGAAGCAAACUUGGAAGACCUGUUGAUUCUGUAUCUUCACGAGAACGACCUGACAGUCAUAGAAAACUUCACGUUUGACAACCUUCCGAGCAUACAAUCCAUUUCUCUGGAAGAAAACCUGCUGAUGACGGUAGACUGCGGGAUGGUUCCAUCUCAGAACAUGUCGGCGUCGCUUGGGUACGUGAAAGUGACGUGUACAUGUCAAUUCAAACCGCUCUUCGACUGUCCCAACUUUGCAUGGCUUGGAGAGAAGACUCUCUGCGUGCGAACGCUGCCAAGAUCAUUAGCGUUAUGGGAGGUGCCAUUACUGAAUGAAAUCUCGCCAGAUAGCCUGGCUUGUGCUGGUGCGGGUUCUAGUCGCAUGGAUCUGGUUGUUUUGUUUAUUCUUCUGUUGUCUUCUGUUGUACUGUUUUAGAUACUUGAUACUGCCUUUGAAUAGCUCAUCAGGUGGAUACAAUGUAUGAUGUUGGGAUGCAUUUUUUUUAUCUAAUUAUAUUUAACGUUACACAAAUCACAAACUAAUUUUAUAUACACAAUUAUGAUAAUGAUGAUGGUGAUAAUAAUACGGAGCAGUAAGGUACAUUUGUGUACUUACGCAGUUGACACAAAGUACAGGGACUUCCGUAAGGUCUUUACCAACGUUAAUUUCUUUAAAGAUACACCAAAGUAAAUACAAUCAUUCUAACCUGAUAAUAAUGAGGUUUGUGGGUUUAUCGGAUUUAACAAGCGCCUACUACCAACCAUUCUCUUUCUAUUUAUCUGCCUAUUUGCACAUUGCAAGAAUUAUCCACUCCUAGAAUACAACUGAUCAUGAAUUGAUAUAUAGAAUGAAAUGUAUAAAAUUAAAUUGAGCUAAUUAUAUUGAGGUAAUAAAGCAAAUACAGAUGCUAAUA